UCCAGGAAGCCGGCAGGAGUGGAGUGCAUGGCAACCUGUACUGCUAAGAACUCUUAAUGGUUCCAUGGUCAACAAGAGCUUCUCUGUUGUUGAUGGAGGAGAAAGAAAAGAAAUCCAAAAGUCACUCCCGAGUUGGCCUGAAAUCAAGCACGAAGCAAAAGACCACCAUUUUCAGCACAUUGGCCAGCGAAAAGCCCUUAUCUGACUGCAAAAAGCACAUCCAGACUGGACACUGAAACAGAGCUGGUUUUUAAUAAAUGCCUGUUGAAUGAUGGAUAAAGGAAUGAGUGGAUCCAAGAUGGCCUGGGCACUGACAAAUUUUGAAGCUCUCUGAAGGAUUCUGCUGUGCAGCCAGAGUUGAAAACCACUGAGCUAAGGGCAGGCAUUCAAGAAAUAACUGAGUUCAACAGAACUACUCAUUUGCUGUCACAGGGAAAUGAUCUGUAAGCAAGUCCUUAGGAAUACAACAGGAACAGCAAUGGAAACUUCCGAUGUACAGCAGCAUAACUCCAGUCUGCUUUACAAGCCCUCUGAUUGAGAAGCCAAUUGGCAAAGAAAGCAUGCCUCAGACUCCUCCCUUUUCAGCCAUGUUUGACAGCAGUGGUUACAACCGAAACCUCUAUCAGCCUGCAGAUGACAGCUGUGGAGGAUUGUAUUACCAUGACAACAACCUCCUCUCUGGAUCUCUAGAAGCACUCAUCCAGCACUUAGUACCUAACGUGGAUUACUAUCCGGAUAGAACAUACAUAUUUACCUUCCUGCUGAGUUCUCGGUUAUUUAUGCAUCCAUAUGAGUUAAUGGCCAAAGUUUGUCACUUAUGUGUUGAGCACCAGAGGCUAAGUGAUCCUAAUAGCGAUAAGAACCAGAUAAGAAAAAUUGCACCCAAAAUUCUUCAACUCCUGACAGAAUGGACAGAAACGUUUCCUUAUGAUUUUCGGGAUGAAAGAAUGAUGAGAAACUUAAAAGAUCUGGCUCACCGAAUAGCCAGUGGCGAGGAGACAUAUAGGAAGAAUGUCCAGCAGAUGAUCCAGUGUCUAAUCCGCAAACUUGCUGCACUCAGCCAGUACGAGGAAGUCCUGGCAAAAAUCAGCUCCACGUCUACAGAUCGGCUCACGGUUCUCAAGACCAAGCCACAGUCCAUACAAAGGGACAUCAUUACUGUCUGCAGUGACCCUUACACUUUGGCUCAGCAGCUGACUCACAUAGAGCUGGAGAGGCUCAAUUAUAUUGGGCCAGAAGAAUUUGUUCAGGCGUUUGUACAGAAGGACCCUUUGGACAAUGACAAGAGUUGCUACAGUGAACGGAAGAAAACACGAAACUUAGAGGCUUAUGUGGAAUGGUUCAAUCGCCUCAGCUACUUGGUUGCCACGGAAAUCUGUAUGCCUGUAAAGAAGAAGCACCGAGCAAGAAUGAUCGAGUAUUUCAUUGACGUAGCUCGGGAAUGUUUUAACAUUGGCAACUUCAAUUCCUUGAUGGCAAUAAUCUCUGGCAUGAACAUGAGCCCAGUCUCUCGACUGAAAAAAACAUGGGCCAAAGUGAAGACUGCAAAGUUUGAUGUUCUUGAGCAUCAGAUGGACCCUUCAAGUAAUUUCUACAAUUACCGGACAGCUCUUCGUGGGGCAGCACAAAGGUCUUUAACUGCUCACAGCAGCAGAGAGAAGAUUGUGAUACCGUUCUUCAGUCUUUUAAUCAAAGAUAUUUAUUUCCUCAAUGAGGGCUGUGCUAACCGCCUUCCAAAUGGCCACGUCAACUUUGAGAAAUUUUGGGAACUGGCCAAACAAGUGAGUGAAUUCAUGACAUGGAAGCAGGUCGAGUGCCCAUUUGAGAGGGACCGGAAGAUCUUGCAGUAUCUGCUCACGGUACCAGUCUUCAGUGAAGAUGCGCUCUACUUGGCUUCCUAUGAGAGUGAGGGACCUGAAAACCAUAUAGAGAAAGACAGAUGGAAGUCCUUAAGGUCCAACCUCUUAGGCAGAGUGUAAGGAACGGGAUGCUGACGGUCGCUGCUGCUGCUGCUGCUGCUGCUGUGUCAUGCGCAGAUCAUGACAUGAGGGGCUGGCCUGUUUUUUGGUGUCCAGUUCUACAAAAUAUCCUGCUAAGUCCCCACAAGCAAGCCCACUCAGGAGUAGAUGGGGAACUUAUUUCCUACAGCUGACAGAUUGACUCGGAUUUUGGGAGACGGAAAUGUUCACUGAAGACACUUGAGAAAGAAUCCUCUACAGAUCCCGGCUCUGCACAUGAUUCAUCGUCUGGAAUUUCCAUGUGAAUCACAGCUCUGCACCUGGAUGGAGCUUUCUUUUGUGUGCGUGUGUUUUUUAUUUGGUUGAACAUUUGCUGCUAAUGGGACUUGCCCAGCUGAGUGCUGGCUCUUAGGAAGCCCAUGUUUCUUUGUUAACUUAAAUGAAAAAGGGAGAAGAGGGAGGGGAGAAAACCUUCCAUGUAGAUCCCACCUUCAGCUCCAUGGUAUUGCCAGGAGGGGUAAGACUGGUUGAAUGCCGAUUCUGGACUUCAUUUCCCCUUAGUGUGUGCUGUGUUUUGAAUUCCUCUCCUCCCUCUUCCUGCAAGAUUUUGAGUUGGCUGCUGGUUAGCAAACUCCUUUUUACCCAUAUAAGUUAUUUAAUAUAAUGAAGCUCAACACUGUGGUAGGAAAAUAGCCACUAGGAAAAAAAAGCAGAGUUUGUCAUUAGACUACUUAACAUUCUAGAAGGACUUUUUGUUUUCUCUGCCCUUUGAGCUGUUUACAACUGACCACUGUGUUCAACAGAUGGAUUUUUCAGUAGUUUUUUGUUAUUGCUUAGUUUUCCAUCAUGCCUAUUUUUUUUUCCUCUUGUAAAUUUAAAUUAUCUGACUUUAAGGGUCUUGGAAAAACGCACAGCCUAAUUACAAUUUAAUUUUUUGAACAGACUGUUAUUUUUCAUUACGUUUUGGAGUCUGUUGGUAACUAAACAUGUGAACAAAGAAGAAAUUGGAAAAGUUAGUCCCCCGCCUCCGCUCCACUGCAGCAGUGAAUGAAAAGAAAUGAAAAACAUCUUGCUGUUAACUCAAAGGUCGAUCUAAUUGUGAAAUAGUUCACCUUGUUAAACAUCUCAAUAAGUCUGUAGUUGCUCUGCAAGCAGCCAUUAUAUUUAUUUACUCUAGGAGAAACUGUAGAGUAGUAAACCAUGCUAAUGAAAAAAACAAAACAUCGUGUUCAAAACAGAGAUGUAUUUGAGAACUUAAUGACAUGGUUUCAAAAAACAGAGCAUGUAUGUAUGCUGCACGCCAUCUCAGCAGACCUAAAAUGUCUCCAAGUUGUCCCUUUACAACCAUCAAUAUAUUUUACACUCUGCGGCCAGGA